AUGGCUGAAGAAGUGGAAGAAAUCGCGGUGGACCCUGAUUUUUACUCUAUGGCCACUGGCUAUGGUACGGAUCCUCAGGACUUUCACUCAGAGACUACUUCGAUAGCGUCCGCUAUCGCUAAAGGACGGUUGGAAAAUGGCCGCAGAUACCAAGCCACUAAAGAAGAUGAUUACUGGGGUCCUUCUGAUGCCCAGCAAUUCGAGGCGUUUGAGAUUGGGCACAUGAUGCUUCUUGUGCUCGACCACAACCAGGCCAAUCCCCUUUUCCGCUCCCCUAUUGGUGACUCGCCUAAGAACAUUCUGGAUAUCGGAACUGGCCAAGGUAGCUGGGCAGUUGAUGUUGCCGAUCAAUAUCCGUCAGCUACUGUCCGCGGUGUCGACAUCUUCCCCCCGCCUACGGUAUGGAUGCCCCCGAACUGCGUCUUCGAGGUGGAUGAUGUGAGUCGCGAGUGGACAUGGAGAGAGCCUUUUGACUUCAUCCAUUUGCGUUUGAUGUACGGCGCAUUCACCUCUGAGGGAUGGGACAAACUUUAUAAGCAAGCUUACGAUGCCCUUGAGCCCGGUGGCUGGAUCGAGCAAUUGGAAUUGGACGUCCGAGUCUUCAGCGAUGACGGUAGCUUGAAGAAAGAGCACCAGCUAUCGGGAUGGGGCGAUCUAUUCAUCCGAUGCUCCGAGCGAGCUGGACGGUCACUUACAACUCAUGAAACGAUGCGCAGCGCAAUCGAGAAAGCCGGGUUUGUGGACGUGCAUGAGGAAAAGACCAAGAUACCCCUAGGACCUUGGCCUAAGGAUAAGAUACUGAAGGAAGCUGGACAGCUCCAGAACGCCCACUGGAACACCGCUCUAGAAGGUUGGGCCAUGUGGCUUCUGACUCACUUUGGUGAGCCACAUCCAUGGUCGAAGGAGGAGGUGCAGGUAUUUUUGGCUAAAGUGCGCUUGGAGCUGAAGAAUCCACACAUUCACGCCUAUGAAACUUCCACCCGCGUGUGGGCAAGAAAACCGUUGAAGGAGGAAUUGAAGGCGAAAGAGUUGAAAGAGAAGGAAUUGAAAGAGAAGGAGGUGAAGGAGAAGGAAUUGAAAGAGAAGGAGGUGAAGGAGAAGGAAUUGAAGGAGACGGAAUCAAAAAUCAAGGUUGAGAAAUAG